AUGGCUCGAAGUAUCACUCUCGUUAUCGUUCAGCUCGUGGCGUCGGCAGUUGCGCAAAUCACAAGCCCUGAUGCUGCAGAUACAACAGCAUUUAGCCCGGCUGUACAGGAUGUGACAGAUACCGUUGCCGCGUCUGGAGUUGGCUACUUUCCCUAUGAGAAGUCCCAGCUCACUCCAGAGGUCAUCAGCAAUCUGACUUCUUACCUGGCAACGCAGAAUACUAGCGAUGCUAACGCCGUCAUAUUUAAUUUUGCCAACGCCAGUGACGCAUCUCUGAGCAAGCGGCACAGGACCUGCAAGGCUUUCCCCGGCGACGCCUGGUGGCCGUCAAAGCUUGUCUGGCGGCUGUUUGACCUCUUCCUGGGAGGUGCCCUCAUCGAGGGUGUCCCAGCUGCUGCGGUCUGCUACCCGGAUUGGCCGCAGUAUGAUGAUGCCAAAUGCGCUGACCUGGAUGUCUCGUGGACCAACCCGGCCUGGCGAGCCGCGCAACCCACGGAAGUCGACUGGCCAAUUUUUGAAGGCAUGUCAUGUCUACCACCAGAUCUUGGGGAUUUCCUGUCACGACCAAACUCUACGUGCGAGCUCGGUGGCAUGCCAGCCUAUGUCGUGAAUGUCACAAAUGUCGCCCAGAUCCAGCUCGCGGUGAAUUUCGCUCGCAAUCUUAACCUCCGGCUCAAUAUCAAGAAUUCAGGCCAUGACUUCAACGCCAAGAGCACAGGCGGCGGCUCGCUGUCAGUGUGGACUCUUCAUCUACAGGAUAUCGAGUUCCUGGGCCAUGAUUACCAGUCUUCAUCUGGGGCAAAGGGCCCGGCUUUCAAGGUUGGCGCUGGUAUCACAACGAAGCAAAUAUACGAUGCCGCGCACGAGCAGGGCUUGAUGGUCGUUGGCGGGAUUGCCGGCACUAUUGGUCUUGCAGGUGGAUACACCGCUGGGGGUGGAAAUGGUCCAUUGAUCAACAAAUACGGCGUCGCAGCUGACCAGGUACUCUCGAUUGAGGUUGUUCUACCAGAUGGGUCAUUCGUUUCGGCCGACGAGAAUACUAAUCCUGACUUGUUCUUCGCUUUGCGUGGUGGUGGAGGAAGUACUUGGGGCGUCGUCACGAGUCUAGUUAUUCGUGCUUACGAAGACACCACUAUUAGCACCUUGAGUUACUCAUUCGGAUCUGGGGUCGACGAACACACUUUCUGGACCGCAAUGGAUGCCUUUUGGCAGCAGUUCACAACAUGGCCUGAGGCCGGUAUCUGGAGCUACUUUAGCAUCGCGUGUGCGGACGUAGUCAACUGCACGUUUUCCAUGGCGCCCCAAGUGGCACCAGGGAUGAACAAAUCCGAGCUCGAGGGCCACAAUGCUGCUUUCUUCGCGAACCUCUCAUCGCUGGGCAUUACCGUGGAUGAUGCCUCCUACAACGAGUAUUCAGGAUUCCUGGAAAUGUUCGACACCACGUUCCUCGACACUACCAACACUGCUGGCUACUGGUACUUCCACAGCACGUCACGGUUCUUUCCAGAGAAAAACUGGGAGACCCCAGAGAAAUUCGCCCAGCAAUCAGCAGCCAUCCGCAAUACGACCCAGAGCCGCGGCAGCUUCACCGGAUACAACUCUAGGCCAGGGGUGAACUCGGCCGUCAGCCAAGACAACGCCGUCAACCCAGCCUGGCGAAAGGGCCUGAUCUUCGGCAUGGGCAAUGUCGUGUACGGCUACAACGACACCUUGGAGGAGAUGGCCGCGGCCAACAAGCAGAUGGUGGACGCGUACGCGGGGUGGCGCGCCGUGAGCGACGGCACGUACCUCAACGAGGCCGACAUCAACGAGCCGAACUGGCAGCAGUCCUUUUAUGGUGACAAUUACGACCGCCUCUACAGCCUGAAGCAGAGGUAUGACCCGUGGGGUGUACUUUACGCCACGGGGGCGGUGGGCUCGGAGGACUGGUACGUGACGGAUCAGAUUGAAUAUUUCCCCACGGCGAAUGGACGCCUGUGCCCUGUCGGAUCAUGA